AUGCUCAUCUGUGCUUGGGGUUUCACCCCACUGCUCAACUGCAAAGGGUCGCAUUGUGAUUGGCUCAUUGGCAGCCAAGCAGGCGUCCCAUUGACCGCCGUUGUUACCGCUUCUAGCUCCACCGCAAGCAAGGAAACCAGAGAGAGCAGACAACGAGAUACGCAGAUGGCGGCUUUCAUAGGGAGCUGGAAGCAGGAGAGCGUUGAUGGACUGGAUGCGGUUCUGAAAAGUCUUGGGGUCAAUUUCUUGAAAAGGAAGGCGGCAGCUGCCCUGCCCCUCACCUUGCACUUCUCCCGCACUGGUGAUGGCUACGGAUUAAUAAUUUCGACUUCGGCACAGUCCUUUGAAACGUCCUUUCAGCCUGACGUUCCUUAUGCGGACAAAAACCCCGACGGCGAGCCUGUACAGGUGAGUGGUCUUUUUUGAGUGAACAGGCCAAAAUGAUGUUUUAACUUCCGUGCCUUCAGACAACCGUGACCAUAAUCGGUGACGAUUUGAUGAAGUGCCAACACGUGGGUGAAAAAACUACUGCACACACAACACGGAAAGUUCAAGGCAACGUUAUGUACGCGGUAAGGAUAUUGAGUGUUUGUGUUGACAAAAGAAUUCUCAUUUUUGUGGUAUGCGAUUGCGGAGGUAGGAUAUGCACCAGAAUUCUUUAAACUCCGACCGAACUCCCUAGAUGUGUUUGCGCUUGGGGGAUGUCCUCAUGUCGUUUAAUGCCGCGCAUGACCUGUGUUAAUUAACGCAUAAUGGCAAUGUUUAUUUUUAUCAGUGAUUAUAACCGUCCCUUAUGAAAGUCGCGCUUAGUGAGAAAAGUCUCGUCUGACUGGUGGUGUUUUGAACUGUUCUCUGAAGCUUUUCGUUGGGAGGACAAUGAAAGAGCUUGAUUUCUAAGGCCAGGUUGUAGAAAUGCGGUGUAUGAGAGUACAUGGGGGUUUCUUUUUUGGAAACUGCAUAAGCUGAGGAAUUUCGGAAAUGUUUGUCUGAGUUCACACGCGGUCUCAUACCCGGACACUUCAAGCUCCAGUCCUGUUCCACGCGAAUGGCAACACUGUGUGGUUGCGGUUUUCGGACAUUGAUCAUUAGAAGUAUUUUGGAAGUUGGGGUAGUCUGAAAAGGAAGCGGGUCUCAAAAAUUUGUUUAGAACAACAGUUUUUCCAAGUUUUCAUAUAAAAGUUUCAAGAAGAGCCAUGUUCCAGUCAACUGUUCGUAGGGAACAAGUCUUAAAAGCUCCUUUGAAACUGAGAUUGUUUCAUACUACGUAAUUCCAGUAAGUAGCAAUUAUUUUGUAAAUUAGGAAUGCAUCCGAUCGUCAGAACUUGUACCGUCAGGACCUGAUCCCUAAGAGAAUGAGGAGUAGGUGGAAACCAGAAGAUGCAGGAUUGUAUUCUUUACAGAAUGAUUAGACAAUGGAUUGGAGAAAGUUGGCAGGCGGAUUAGGGAAAACGUUUGGUGCUCCAGGAUCAGGUGUGUCGAGUGUCAGUAGGCCAUGCGUCAGAGCACCUUCAGCGAGCACGUCCGCGUCGGCCUUGAAGUCGAUUGGUAGGUUUGGAUAAUUGUGAUUGACAGGAGAUAUGACUGCUACUGGUACACUCAAGAGGCGGAGCGUUGCAACAGGCGCUCCGAGUAGGGCCACUGAAUAAGACCUUUAUGCAUAUUUUCGAAGAAAGAAAUAUUAUUUUGUUGAAAUUACACUUCUGCCUAGCAUGAGUGACCGGAAGAUAUCAUUCUCGGGAUGGUGUCUCUAAGUAAAUAGAGUUUAUCUUUCCACCGACUUACUAUCUCUGGAAAUUCGGUUGUGCAUCUCAGAAAGUAUGCGCAACAGUUUAAUUUACUGUGUUAAUUUUUUAAGGAUGCACAGGUGGAUAAUGAUAUUUGUCCCGUAAGCAGCAUCAUAAGAGCUACAGGCAUUGGGCAACGCGAGUGCUGGCUUGCUUGCCUCAAAACCCGUUAGAAUUACAAAAUUUUAGAAGUCCUUCCUUCGAGGACAAAACUAGGAGGGAAUGUAAAGUCUGAAAUGUAGUUUUUGCGUGGUCUUUUGGGCACUAGAAUCAGAUUAUCACAGGAAUAGAGAAUUAGUGGUAGAUCACACAUUGCCUGGGCAGCGACGUUAGUCAAGCGAGAGAUGCAUGAGUAACAUGAAAACUUUCGAUCCAGCGGCUAGCAUACUUAACUUUGCGAACUAGCACGAGAUUGCGCCUACUGCUUAUCCGGAUUGAAAUCGCAUUUAGUUUGCCUAUUUCUCUAUAAAGUGAUAGUUAAAGAUUCCAGUAAGGAUGUUAAACACAAACUGUGCAGCAAACCUUUGUACGGUGACAAUUUGGAUAGUCCAGAUGUCAUGGGAGUAGACUACAGAAAUCGAGAAACACAGCUAUGAUAACCAUUUUGGGUUCGGACGUACGGCAGAGUCUGCAGGGUCAGUAGCCGGUGGAGACAACAAACACAUGCAUCGUAAAAGCAUCUGCUGUGAGCCGAACUCGAGCCUCCAACCCUUGCACAUGGAACGUGUUGCUCAAUAUCUAGGCUGUUGCAGUCAGUUCAAUCACUUCGGCGGACGUUUGUUUCAUUUUAAACGACUGUUCUACCGAGAUUGUGCGGCCAAUGACGUAUACGCAGAAGACAAACAGGUGUACCAUUGAGUUCCGCCGAAAAAUGCUUCCGCACAUCGGGUAUCCAAGGAGUCGACCAGUUACUCGAACAUCUAAAGAUUUACCCUGCGAGUUGAGUGAAGGGACUUGAGAUCGGGAAGGAAUGUUUACAAAGGAGUGGGCGUCUUUGGCUGAAUAGUCGUCAUCAGCCAGUCCAAAGAUUGGACAGGCGAUUUACGUUACGUCCAACGCCCUACCAUCAGACCGUGGACCCCUUGUCUUGUCAGCAGCGAUCGGGAAGAGAGGCGUUCACCGAUCAGGUUGCAGAACAGAAUCUUCCCAUUGGAAUUCAAUCUAGAGUCACCACAGGCAAGUGUACAGUGACCUGUACUGGUUCAGGAGGAAAUACCUAGAAUGACAAGGGAGACUGUGAUAGGUAUAUCUUAGGUCAGACGAACCGGAUUCUCGGGUCAUUUAUUUCACUGUGCUGUCCUUUACAAGCAAACAGGUCGGAAGUGGCGAUCCCCUUAGCUGCUACUCGACGCGACAUGCUUGUACCAUCAUAACAUUGAACUCCGCAAGCGCAAAUGGCAAGUUCCAUCCGCCAAUCAGAUCGAUGAAGUAAUAGUUCCAUGGCACAUAUUACCUCGCCUAGACUUCAUGCAUUCAGAGGUGUUAAUCAGUGGUUAGAUUGUAAAGGCGCGAGGUCAUUCGGAUCUUGUAGUUCAGCCCUGUUCAUCAAUAAUAAGAAAAUUGAUAGAUAACGAACUUUCAUUUGAAGAUAAUCAAUUAUUACAGCAAAAACUGCUUUAGUUAGUAGGGGGUAGAUAGAGGAUUUUUUCUUAACUCUUAAAGACGAAUGGAAAACCAUACCGGCGUGGUCGACGCUUAAGAGUAAUCAGGCGCAGAAGAGAAAUGCGCUUAUCUCACGGACCCGCCGAUAGUUACGCGAUCCAAUUAUCGCGGUUAUUCAGGCGAUUAGAAAGCGCGCGAGCAUCUCAGUGGGCAGCGUCAUCAAUUGGAAGGAACAAACAAAAACGAAAGUUUUGUGCGUGCCAGGUGAGAAGGAAAUAUUAAGCGCCAGACCAUAAAAAUGCCACAAGAAUGAAGAGGAGGGUAUAGCGACUCCGUCUUAAUUGAGAGAACUAGCAUCCUCUAUUUGGUCACAGGCAGAAGUUUGACAUGGUAUACCUAACGACCAUUCAGAGUCUAUUUUGAAUUACACUGUCUAAAAAGGUUAAUAUGUGUUUUGCAGGAAUUUGUCGUGAACGGACUUUCAUGCCGACGGGUCUACAGACGGAUUGAAAGCAAACCAAAAAGCUGA